UGACACCCAACCAUGGUCCCAAAGUCACCGGUGGUCGCCUGAGCUACCAAAUAGGGGAUGUUAUUCGCAUGAACUGCACCUCAGGACCAUCCAAGCCAGUCUGUCAUCUCAGCUGGUUUAUYAAUGGUGAACCGGCAAAUCGAUCAUAUCUCAAACAAUAUGAAAAAUAUGUGGUCGGUCGCGAGGGGCUCGAAAUGGCGCGGCUAGGUUUGGAAUUUCGUGUGAAGGGUAUCCACUUUCAAGAUGGCGAAAUAAAAAUGAAAUGCGUGGCCAAAAUCUCCUCCUUGUAUUGGCAAAGUAAUGAGGCAAGUGUGCAAAGUGAUCGACAGCAUCGUGCACCAGCGCUGGAAUCACGUGAAACAAUUGCAGCCAAAUCGCGUGCACAUGGUUCCUCCUCGGCAAAGCCACGUUCUCACACCACAUUGCAACAAUUACAUCUGGCAACACUACUGAGCUUAUUAACGGCACUUUGUACUUCAAGCUACAGCAUAUCUUUAAGAUAACUAAUUUAAUUUAAUUUCUUACUACACUGUGUAGGUGACAGUAACACCGGGAAAGGUAUAACAGCGUUGUCUUUAAUAACAACGGUAAAAAUAAAUUAAAAAGGACACAUAUCCUAUGCCAAAUUGAAAAUCCUGCAUUUAGUUGUUAGACUUAGAAUUAUGCAUAAACUGAACAAGAAACGAAAAUCUUAU